UAGCUCGUCCACUUCUUGCAGGGUCAAAAAAUCUUUCUGAGCUGCAGAGGCUCCUUAUGGGAGAGGAAGGAGCCCCCAAUGGCACUCUGGGCCCUGUACUUCUGUUCAGAAUGGACAAAGCUCCAAACAGCCCUGAUAGCAGAUUGACACCAGAAAGGAGUCUUUCCACAGCUGUCCUGGCACCCUCCAGAACCUUCCUUUUCCUGUGUGACCUGCAAAAAUUCCUGAGUGAAGUUCUCCCUGGAGAGAAGCUGGAGUCUCUCCCAGUACAGACUGCCCCUGUCUCUCUGGAUACUCUGCAGUCUCUGCCCCCUUUGACCCUGGGCGACUCCGCCAGUGAGCCCCUCCUCCUGGGGUUACUCAACUCCUCAGCCCCCACCCUCUUCUCCUUCCCCCGCCAGCUCUCUGAGCUCCAGGAGCACCGGGUGGAGCUGGCCCUACAGCCCCCCCUGCUGGCAAUGCUGAGACUGCGACUGGAGGAGGCUGUAGCCCAAAUGGUCAGAGAAAGCGUGGGGGGGCGUGACAUUAUGGACCGGCUACUCAGGCUGCAGGAGCUCAGUGUGCUGCCCAGAGAGGGUGAAGACCCACCAGCAGGUACCCAAGGGAACCCAAGAGAGGCUCAGUAUCGGGCUCUGCUGCUGCUCAAGGCCUUGCAGACAGUGCUGGGGGCCUGGGAGGAAGAGAGGGGACAGCGGGCGGCCCGGGGAGGUCAGGAGGGCCCAGGAAAGGGAAACGUGUGUCAGCUACACAGUCUCACCGUGUCACUGAAGAAAUACGUAUUGAAUCCUCCCACAACCAACAUCAAGAACUGCCAGGGUGCCUGCAGCUUCCCUUUGACCAAUACCAACAACCAUGUGAUCCUGCUGAACAGCCACUGGGAGAGCGGCUUCCCCCUGGAGCGCCCGCCCUGCUGUGUGCCCGUCGACUAUGAGGACUUGCAAGUGGCAGAGUUGGACGGCGCGGGCACCAAAAUCUCCAUCAAGCCCAACGUAGUGGCUAAGGCAUGUGGCUGCCGCUGAGGCACGUGGCACAAAAGCUGAACUCCCAUAUCCACAUAUUAGCCAUUGUAUUGCAUACACACAUACAGACUUGCUUGA